GUCCGAGUCAUGUUGGUGUGGAUGACAAUACUUUCGCAGGAUUCUUUGGAGUGUAUCGUUCAUCUUCUCUGUUUGUCCAUCGGCCUGGGGGUGGAAUGCAGUGCUAUACUUGAGUGUGGUUCCAUAUGCUUUGAAGAGGUGUUUCCAGAAUUGUGAGAGGAAGCGGGGAUCAUGGUCACUGACGAUGUUCUCGGGGAGGCCGUGAUGGCGUGUGACAUGAUCGAAGAAGAGGGUGGCGACGUCUUUGGCACUGUGCGAAGUCGUGCAAGGAAUGAAGUGGGCACGUUUGGUCAAGCGGCAGACAAUGACGUAGAUGCAAUCAUGUCCGCGGUCGGUCUUGGGGAGGCCGCACACGAAGUCCAUGGAGAUGGACUGCCACCGGUACGGGCGGCAGACUGUGAGGGCAUGAAUCACGACAAGGAGUUCCUUCUCGUUGGAGGGGUAAUUCAUCUCCACGGGAAGGAGCUUCUUGCUUGCGAAGGCGAUGGGGUAUUCGCCGAGUGGAGCCUCGGGGUGAGUGGGCGAGUCCUUGAUGGAGGGAGUCUCGGCGGUGUCACAGGGGAAAUGUUGGGACAGUACGACUCCAAUGGCGAAGUCGGAGGCGUCAGUGGUGACAUAGAAAUGGCGCGUGGGGUUGGUGAUCUUGAGGAUAGAGGCUGUGGUGAUGGUUUGCUUGACGGAGACAAUGUGGCCGAGGUAUUCGACGCUCGAAGCAGCAAACGGACAUUUGUUGAGCUACUCGAAGGUGGGGCUAAAGAUGAGGAUGUCAUCAAGGUACACGAUGACGCAGACUUCGAGGAGGUCACGGGAGAUGCGAUUCAUGGUGGACUGGAAUGUGGCGGGGGCAUUGGUGAGUCCGAAAGGCAUUACGAGGAACUCAUAGUGCCCGAACCGAGAGCGGAAUGGGGUCUUAUGGGUGUCCUCCUCGCGGAUACGGAUUUGGUGGAAGCCACUACGAAGGUCAAUCUUGGUGAAAUAUUUGGCUCCACAAAUUCGAUCAAGGAGCUCAGAGAUCCAAGGCAAGGACUCAGGGAAGACGUCUUUGAACUCGUCGAGGAUAGAGGUGGGGGCGGGGUCAUAGGGGGGGGCUUGAUCGAGUUUGUCCGUUGGGAGCAAGUCCUCUGGACUUUCACGGUCAAGGACAAGGCAAUAGUAGGCGGAGUCGGGGUUCAUGCGGGCCAUAUGGAGGAAUUGAUGCGGGGUGACGAAGCCUUGGAAGGUUGGAUAUGGGAGAUAGGGAAUGUCGAUGGUUGUGUCGGGGGAGUUGGUGAGGAGGAGGAAGUUGGGGUGGUCAGGGGAGGUGAACUCGUCCGAGGAGGUGGUGGAGGUGGUGUCCUCGGAGGCGAUGUUGUGGAAGAAGCGAGGGCAGGGAGGGGCCGAUGGUUUGGCGUCUUGGGCGAGGGUGGAGGUGGAGCGACCAUGGUGAAGGUAGUGGUGGAUGAGGGUGGGGGUGUACAGGUGGACGGUGUUGGUGUGGAGGUCGAAGCGGAGGCUUGUCCAGAGGCGGGGGGGGGGUGGGGGGGGGGGGAAGGGGGGGUGGUCGUGGUGACGGCCGUGAUGGCGGGGGAGUUUGUGGCGACACGAUCGGAUUCGUGGGCAAUGCUGUUGACGGAGUUGGAACGAAGAUCAGACAUGUUGAUGGAAGAUUGGGCCAUGGUGGGGGAAGAAGGGUUGGAUGACGUGGCCGGAGCGGAAGUGGAGGUGGUAGCAGCGGGUGUGAUAGCGGCAACAGUGGCGGCAGUAGCGGCAGCGGCAGCGACAGCAGCAACGGCGCACUGGGAGGUCUUGGUUUGGCGUGGUGGCAUGUGGAGAUGGGGGGGACAAUUCCUAUUUACAAGAAUAGAGCGCCGUCAAGUGAUUUAGCAAUGAAGGUAGCAGAGAAUCGCAGAGCAAGAAUUAAUUUGGAAUAAAUUAAUUUGAAUUUA